GCCCACAUGCUGCACCUACAACUUCAAUGAUCCAUUCGCAACCUCCCUCGACGUCUUCUUCACCAUGCCCAGAUACCUAACCUUCGCCUUCUUGAUAAUCGCCAUCUUUCUCGCCUUUCAAAAUCAAUCCAUCUCACCGAUCCAGGAUUACAUGCUCCGACUGAAGAACUUUUUGGCUCCAUUCACCACUUCUGCCGCAUCCAACAUGGUCCACUCGAAACCCGCCCCCGCUCCUACCGUCCAGACGGCUAUCAAGGAGAAGGAGAGCUUGACUGCCGGUGAAGGAGUCGAGACCGCCGUCUUUGCCAACGGGUGCUUCUGGGGAACCGAGCACCUCUUCAAGGUCUAUUACGGCGAUCUGCCUAAAUUCUCAGCUGUCUCCGGGUACACUGGUGGACACGCUAACAACCCUACCUACCGAGAAGUCUGUUCAGGAAAUACCGGGCACGCGGAGUCCGUCAAGGUGACCUGGCAGACCGGUUCGGUCGGGUACGGAGAACUCGUCGAGUUUUUCUUCAGGACGCAUGACCCGACGACCGUUGAUAGGCAGGGACCUGAUAGGGGAAGCCAGUACCGAUCGGCUCUGUUUUACACUACGCCGGAGCAAAAAGAGAUCGCUGAGAAGGUCACCGCCGAGGUUCAGGAGAAGCACCUCAAGGGAAGGACGAUCGUCACCCAGCUCGCACCCCUCGGGAAGUGGCACGACGCCGAAGGGUACCACCAGAACUACCUGUUCGACAACCCGAGCGGGUACCAGUGCCCUACUCAUAGGAUGUAUUGGUAGAGGUAGACCAGCCUCUCUAGGCGGUCGUCGUGGUUUGAGAACGUGUAAUGCAGACAAGGGAACAAGAAUAAAUAUAUUUGAAUCGUCAGAAGGUCGGGAUCACAGACGGUUUCGGCCAAUCCGGGAUGGCUUUUGUUGAGCUGAAUGUCAACUUGCCCUUGCGAAUCAACCAUGUAAAGCGUCUCAAUCAUAUGGUUGACCAAGUCAUCCGGGCAAUGUAGACGGUUACGGUUCUAGAAGAUGGCAACAAUCAAUUCUUUCUUGAAUAACUCGUUAACAUGAGACUGUUUCUCAAAUGACUGCCUGUAACGAUUGUGCCAGUUCAGCUGGAUGGUUGGAGAUCGAGAUAAGGCAUGUUGAGCACCUGUUGGAGUACUU